GUCCGUGCCGCGAGUUUCUCAAUGUCACUGGGCCUCUUGCAACCCGCAGAGACGCUGCUGUGGGGCGUGCGUGAGGGGGUCUUGUCAUCGGGAGAAGACGAUUGCAGUGCGGAGAACAACAACAGCAACAACAACAACAACAGCAACAACCCCCGUAACGUCGAGGAACAGGUCUCGGCAAGUCAAGGGGGGGGGGGGGGCAAGAAGGCGGACAGUGCGGAACAUCGGAACCACCCCCACCACCCCCACCAUCAUCAUCCUCCUCCCUCCUCCUUGAAGGCGCCAUGCACAGCAGCCUGCUGACUCGGACUUUGGCAGCAGCAUCAGCAGCAGCAGCAUCAGCAGCAAGGGCAUCAGCGGCAAGGGCAGCGACGAUGACAACGCGGGCAGCAGCAGCAGAGGGGGCUGGGGGGGCUGGGGGAGGUCGCCGCCACCGCUUCGACCUCGUGGUUCUGGGGGGCGGCUCGGGGGGGCUGGCGGCUGCGAGACGCGCGGCCGAGCUGGGGGCCAGCGCCUGCCUGGUGGAGAGCGGCAGGCUGGGGGGCACCUGUGUGAACGUGGGCUGCGUUCCAAAGAAGGUGAUGUACAACGCUGCGAUGCACGCCGAGCUCCUCCACGACCACGCCGACUACGGGUUCACCGUCGGCUCCGUCGACUUCAGCUGGAGGACCAUCAAGGAGAAACGGGACGCCUACAUCAAGAGGCUGAACGACAUCUAUCAGAGGAACCUGGACAACUCCAAGGUGGAGGUGGUGCGUGGGCGAGCGAUGUUUACGCUGGAGGAGGGCCAGCCGGCCGUGGCGGUGGACGGCCGGGUCUACACGGCGCCGCACAUCGUCAUCGCCACGGGGGGGCACCCCAGCAUGCCGACCGACAGCAGCGUACCCGGAGCCAGUCUGGGAAUGACGAGCGAUGGCUUCUUCGAGCUGGAGGAGCUGCCCAACCGUGUGGUGCUGGUCGGUGCUGGUUACAUCGCCGUGGAAUUGGCCGGCAUCUUCGCGGCACUGGGAGCUCAAACGUCGCUGCUCAUCCGGCAAAACGAGGUCCUGCGUAACUUCGACGCGAUGAUCAGCGCCAACUGCACGCAGGAGCUGCUCAACUCGGGCGUGGACGUGCGAAAGUACACGCAGGUGCGCUCCGUUAGCCGCGGCUCCCCGGGAGGGCCGCUGCAGGUCGCCGUGGCGACUAACGGGCCGGGCGAGGCGGAGCGGACGGAGGUGAUGGUCGGCGUGGAGGCGUUGGUCUGGGCCGUGGGCCGCGGGCCCAACACCGCCGACCUGGGGCUCGACAAAGUGGGGGUCGAAACUGACCAGCAGGGCCACGUCACCGUGGACGAGUUCCAGAACACGAGCGUUGCCGGCGUGUACGCGCUGGGCGACGUGUGCGGGCGCGCGCUGCUCACCCCUGUCGCCAUCAUGGCCGGCAGGAAGCUGGCGGCGCGUCUCUUUGGCGGCGAGCCCGGCGCCCGGAUGCACUAUGAGGACAUCCCCUCGGUGGUGUUCAGCCACCCGCCAAUCGGCGCCGUGGGCCUCACGCAGCGAGAGGCCGAAGAGCGGUUCGGGCGCGGCGCGGUGCGCGCGUACACCGCCACGUUCACGCCCAUGUACCACGCGGUGACGGCGCGCAAGGGCACGUGCGUCAUGAAGUUGGUGUGCGCGCACGACGACGAGAAGGUGGUGGGGAUUCACAUGCAGGGCGCCGGCUGCGACGAGAUGCUGCAGGGCUUCUCUGUGGCCCUUCGCUGCGGCGCCACCAAGGCCGACUUCGACCGCACCGUCGCCAUCCACCCCACCUCCUCCGAGGAGCUCGUCACCAUGCGCUAGGCACGCUCCACGGAGCUCCGCCAUGGGGACACCGCCCUGACGCGGAGCUCCGCGGCAGGGACAAUUCUGACACGGAAUUCCUACGAUGGGGCAUCUUGGCCGAUAACAUAAUUUAAAUACCUGAAGUGAUAUGUUUUUUAUACUGGUAGGAACCUCCUGGUUACACCAGCCCACAGGGGAUUAUUGCGUCCGUCCGUCCGUUGUGC